AUGCGCGGAUAUCCUGUUUAUGCAAUGGGACCAUCCUCCGAUGAGCCUGUAUGGUCCCGAAAUGAGCAAAGUAUGUCGAGAGGAGUAUCCCAUCAAACGAUGGUUCAACCGGUGGGCAGCUCAUAUCCACCGUCAUAUUCUCAUUCCCAAGCAUAUCCUUCUCAAACUACUGUCAUUCAUUCCACCACCAAACCUCAGGCAGAUGCUGAUAUUUAUCGAGUUGGAAUAUAUGGGUGGAGGAAACGAUUCCUAUACACGUUCAUCUUGGUCUUAGCCAUUGGAAUAGUCUUGAAUCUGUCUCUGACGUUCUGGAUAAUGUCAGUCUUGGACUUUUCUCCAAACGGAAUAGGAACACUUAAAAUUGAAGAAGACGGAAUUCGAGUGGAAGGAAGAGCUCAAUUCGAUCGACCAGUGCACUUUUCAAAAUUGAGUACCCUUGAUGAAGAAACCUUAACUGUCGACUCAUUCCGAGGAGUGAAUCUUCAAGCUAGAAAACCAAGCGGCAACGUGGCAUCGAAAUUCUCCCUUAUGCCCGAAGGAAAAGCUCAAGUGACAUGCGAACGAUUCGAAGUCUUUGACGAGGAUCAAAAGUUGCUCUUUUUCGCCGAUUCAGAUGAGAUUGGGUUGAAACUUGAAAAUUUGAGAAUAUUGGAUGACGGGGGAAGUGUAUUCGAAGGAGCCAUACAGACGUCGUCAGUCCGUCCACAACCAGAUUCUCCACUUCGUUUGGAAUCGCCAACUCGAAGCGUCUCUGUUGAUGCGGCACAAGAUAUUGAGAUUCUUGCGGCCGCCGGAGAGGUUUCAGUAAAUUCUCUACUUGACAUCUCGAUUUCUUCAAAGCAGGGAGAAAUCCGUCUCGAAUCCUCAUCCAUCUACAUGGAAAAACUUGCUCGUUCUGAUGGAAGGGGCAGUCCACAGACGCAAGUUUGUGUAUGUCACAAUGGCCGAUUAUUCCUGGCUGCUCCCAACGCUGACUGCCGAGCCGACCGGGAUAUCUGCUCUAAUUAA